ACUAAAUAUUUAUAUUUUAGAGUUUGGAUUAUAUACGAUUUACAUUACAAUUUACUAGCGAUUUGCAAAUGUAAAAAUAAAAUCAAAACGUUUUGUGUGUCAUCAUAUACACAGACAAUAUCUACCACUUAAAGUACGCAAUACCCAUUUUAAAACAAAAGACUGCGCAUUUAGCAUUAAAUUAUGCUUAAAAGGUCAGAUAAUGUGUGCGAAAUACUGCGCAACGUCGAAACGCUGUCAGUGUAUUUUAAUUUUUUAACAUAGAAAUAGAUACCGUUCAACAGAAUUUGUAAAGUAAAUCGAUAAUGAUUUACCAUGUAUUUGGAUACAGAUGAUUUAGUGACGUCCAGUAUAAUUGCAUUUGUAAUCGCAAUUGUAGUGUUUAUUUUUAGUAUUAAAGCAUUCAGAUGGUUUUUUCCUGAAAGUGAUGUUGCUGACAAAGGUUUGUCAUCUCAUGUGUGGGUUGAAAAACCAUCCUACAUACUAAGUGAUCCAAAUGAAUGUAUUGUAUGUGAAACAUUAACACAUGGAUCUAAAGUUCGAUACUGUGAUAAUUGUGGGAUUUUCGUUGACUUAGUCUGUGUAAAAAAAGCUAACAAGCGAAUAUGUUGUAAGAUCUUAAGUACUAAUAGACCACCUAAGACUUUCACACACCACUGGACCAAAUCUCUGUUAAUUGAUGUUACGUGUUGUGUUUGUUCCUCGGAUGAUGAUACUGAUAGUAAUCUUGGACAUUUUUUUCAAUGUCUAUGGUGUAGUAGGUUUUCACAUGAAAAUUGUAUAGCUCAAUUUAUUCAGAAAUGUGAUUUUGGAAUAUAUCGCAAAUAUAUUAUACCACCAUUUUGUAUAAAAACAAGUAAUCGAUUUAAAAAUGUAUCCAAGCAAACAAUUGAAAAAGUUUUUCAUCCUGGUUGGGAAAACUGGACACCAUUAAUCAUAUUUGCAAACAAGAAGUCUGGUAAUAAUGAUGGAACUUUAAUAAUUUCACAUUUCCGGCGUCUACUAAAUCCUAUACAGGUAUAUGAUGUCAUUGACUGUCCCCCAGAAAAAGCUUUAGAUUGGUUAAAAACCACACAUCUGGAAUGUGUUUUUGUCUUGGUUGCUGGUGGCGAUGGUACAGUAGCUGGUGUAUUAAACAGCAUUCAUAAUUUACAACUAAAAAUAGAUCCUGCCGUGGGUAUUAUACCACUUGGUACAGGCAAUGACUUGUCUAGGAUAUUGGGAUGGGGAACUUCGUAUUCAGAUUCUGAUUGUUCUGGAUUUAUGAAUUCUCUUGAUAAUGUUUCAGUUAUAAAAUUAGAUAGAUGGAAAGUGAAUAUUUUGUCAAAUGUGUUGAAAAAGAUAAAAAUAACAAACACUAUUACAAUGUAUAACUAUUUGGGAAUCGGUUUGGAUGCUCAAAUAACAUUGGAUUUUCAUCGUACUAGAAAGUCACCAUUAUAUUUAUUCAAUAGUACACUAUUGAAUAAAAUGAUAUAUUUAGGUUGCGGAACACAACAAUUUUUAGAACAUCAGUGUCAAGGUCUGUCUGAUAUGAUUGAGUUAUACAUGGAUGAGAAGAGAAUAGUUUUACCAGAUAUUGAAUCCAUUGUAAUUGUGAAUAUUGAAUCUUGGGGUGCUGGAGUAAAUUUAUGGGAAUUAGGAGUUAAUGAUGGUAAUGAGUUUGGUGCACAGUUUAUUGAUGAUGGGUUGUUAGAAGUACUUGGUAUACGAUCUUCCAUGCAUAUUGCACAAUUAAAAAUGGGGAUUGCUGAACCUAUUAGAAUUGGUCAAGCAUCUGUGAUCAGAGUUAAAUUAUUACAAAAAUUACCAGUCCAGGUUGAUGGUGAACCUUGGCUUCAACCAAAAUGUGAAUUUGUGCUUAAGCGGUGCAACCAAGCUACAGUUUUGAAGUUAUCAAACAUAAUAAUUUAAUAAAGUAAAAUAAUUUUUUACACUAUUAUUA